GCUCUUCUUAUCCCAACUGCAAGUUUGCUUUCAUUUUUCCAUCUAAAGAUUAUUCUUAAAAUUAAUUUUCGUAAAUAAAACAUUUCAGAAAAAAUGGGGAUCGAAGGUUUUACCCUCACCGGAAUGCUAAAGAAGGCCGCCACUGACUUCCCCUCCCGCCGUGCGAUCGCUGUUCCAACUAAGUUCGAUCUCACCCAUGCUCGCCUCCAAGCCCUCAUCGAUUCGGCCGCCACCCGCCUCACCGCCGCCGGCAUCCUCCCUUCUGACGUUGUCGCCCUCACCUUUCCCAACACCGUCGAGCUUGUGAUCAUGUUUCUGGCUGUGAUCCGAGCGCGAGCGGUUGCGGCACCUCUCAACGCGGCGUACACGCAAGAGGAGUUCGAGUUCUACCUCUCCGAUUCCGAAUCGAAGCUCCUGAUCACGAAUUCAGAGGGCAACGCGGCGGCGCAGGCAGCGGCCAAAACCCUAGGGAUUCGGCACGCUACCGCCUGCCUCUCGAACCCCAACGAGCCGGUCGAGAUCUCUCUCGACGUCGGCACCUCUGGCGCCGAUUUCGAGUUCCUCAACGACCCAUCCGACGUGGCGCUCUUCUUGCACACAUCGGGAACGACGAGCCGUCCUAAAGGGGUUCCGUUGAGUCAAUUAAACCUCGCUGCCUCGGUCCAGAACAUCCGAUUAGUGUACCGACUCACUGAGUCGGACUCGACCGUCAUCGUUCUUCCCCUUUUUCAUGUUCAUGGGCUCUUGGCUGCCCUUCUCAGCUCACUCGCAUCCGGUGCUUCAGUGACGCUACCGGCAUCAGGACGGUUCUCAGCCUCGACCUUCUGGUCCGCCAUGCGCGCAUCUUCAGCGACGUGGUACACGGCGGUGCCCACCGUGCACCAGAUCCUCCUCGACCGUCAUGCCGCCCAGCCCGAGGAUCACUACCCGAAUCUUCGGUUCAUCCGGAGCUGCAGCGCGUCACUGGCGCCGUCUGUCCUGACGCGGCUUGAGGAGGCGUUCGGGGCACCGGUGCUUGAAGCUUAUGCCAUGACGGAGGCGUCGCAUCUGAUGGCUUCGAACCCGUUGCCGGAGGACGGGCCGCACAAGGCUGGAUCGGUAGGGAAGGGGGUGGGCCAGGAGAUGGCAAUUCUGGGAGAGGAGGGGGAGUUGCUGCCCCCGCACAUGCCAGGUGAGGUAUGCGUGCGAGGGCCAAACGUCACACGCGGAUACAAGAACAACCCGGAAGCAAACAAAGCCGCGUUUGAAUUCGGUUGGUUCCACACGGGCGACCUUGGCUACUUUGACUCGGAUGGUUACCUGCAUCUCGUUGGAAGAAUCAAAGAGCUCAUUAAUCGGGGAGGAGAGAAGAUAUCACCAAUCGAAGUGGAUGCGGUGCUUCUGGCGCACCCAGAUGUGGCUCAAGGUGUGUCGUUCGGUGUUCCUGACCCGAAGUACGGUGAGGAGAUUAACUGUGCGGUGAUAGCAAGAGAAGGUGCGGAGCUAGACGAAGCCGAGGUGCUGAGGCACUGCAAGAAGAAUCUGGCAUCGUUUAAAGUGCCCAAGAAGGUGUUUCUGACGGACAGCUUACCGAAGACAGCGACCGGCAAGAUCCAGAGGCGCAUGGUUGCAGAACAUUUCCUAAAGCCGGCUCAAGCGUCACGUGCCGGUGCUUAAUUCCUAGUGUGUACUAAUUCCCAUUUCUCUUCCGUGUAUGUCCUUACUUGAAAUGAAAACAAUAAAUAAAUAAAUAAAUAAAUAAAGUUUUGAAAGUUUUUUUUUAAA